AUGGCGAUUCUCGAAGAAUUUCUGGAGUCUAUCCUGAAGUUCCUUAGGACAAAAGACUCAGCAAAUCUACAGCUAUGGCUUCGAGUUGAACCUCCCCUUCCCGAUCAUUACUUCCAACUUGGUCAGGAAUUGAGAGCAUCAUUCCAAAAUAGUACUGCACUCGAACGCCAAAUUGCCAAACUCCUACCAGACGACCCCGACGCAAGUUACGAAGAUGGCAACGUUUGGCCGGGCUUUUUGGCUUUCAUGAAGGACUACUUGGAAUUCUGGAGAGAUGUCAAUUUUGAGGAUUUGUUGGAAACACAUUCACAGCUCACAGCUUUAGCAAGUACUUGUCUAGCAGCUUUGUCCAAUCCAACGUACGGGAUAGUUAUACUACCAACGGCCAUCCAACUAUCUACAGCCCUCGCCAAACUUGCCAUGACCCUUGACAAACGACCGGAUUUGACUAGACGAUUGCGAAGAGUCGCCGACGUCGAUGCAGGCGAAAACAGGAAGACUUUGGUAGAAGGCACUGCAGAAACAAUACAACGCGCGUUUACUGUUUGCCUAACGGAAAGGACCACAAACAGAAAUGGAGUGGGGGCGGAUGGAAAACCAGAGGGGAAGAAAGUUGGAAUAUACUCGUUUGCGAAUUUGGCUUUGAAACUCUUCUUCCAAGUAUGGUGGCCUCUAUUCGAUCCAUGGAUUAAUGCUGAAUGGUCCCCUGCUGGGAUUCUGGAAAAGUUCACACCAAUUGUCAAAGCCAUAAAAUUAGGCGAUCUGAUUGCUUUUAAGCGCUCUCUGGGACCAGAAGGUGGAAAUGAAAAAUGGUUCUUCGACAAGGGAAUUCUUUUGCCGCUAUUGUAUCGCUGCGAACCAUAUGUGUGGCGUUCACUUGCACGACGAGUCUUAUGUUUGACAUAUCAAUGGCCAUUCGACCCUAACUCCAAAAAAGCACCAACUCUAAAUCUUGUUGACUUGGUCACAGCUGCGCAGUAUUGCCAGAAGGUCCUUGAAGGCUGGGAGCGACCUGUAGAUUCUACUGCUUUUAUGCAGUCUGGUCGAACACAUACAAAUACGAUGUUCAUGACAGCACCAGAUCUAAUAAAGCCACCUCCAGGCACGGUGAAAAUUUCUGCAAAUGUUGGAGUAAUUUGGGGUAGCAAAAUGCCAGAUAUGUUGGAUAUCGAGGCAAUUGUUGCAAGUUUAGUCCAACAAGGACUACUCAGGGGGUUUAUAAGUCAUAUACAAGGAAAAUUUGCGAUUUUGGGCGCAAAACAAAGGGGAGGACCAUUGAAUGCAGGUUUCCCAACUAUUUGGGAAGUCAUUAAGGAUAGAGCUGAGAAAGAAGGACAUGGUAAUGAAGUACCUGGUUGGGUCACGGGCGACAGCACUGAAUUUACUAGUGGAGGAAUCGUUAAUUUGACUGGAAUCGCUCGGCCAGCUGGCGCAACAUGA